AAUUUCCAGGUAUGGCUUGAAUGAUUUCAAGUAACUCGUAAAAAACUAUCGCGCUACACGAUUUAGAUGGCUUUCGUGGAUUAUGCUCAGGUGCAUGUCAGUAGUACAGGUGCUGAAAACGACAACAGAAUGAGAUUUCCCCACAUGGAUGGUAAUUCUAAUGUUAACGGAUUCGAUGACCAUAUGGUAAAACCUCCAAGUGAACCACUGUUAUCUUAUGCUGAUUGUGAAUUACCAGAAAUUCCGAAAACAGCGACAAGUGGGCAGUAUUUUGAGUUUGAGCAGAUUGCUAAUGGGAUUGAUGGAUACUUCGAUGAAAAUUCGGACACAGAUGAUGAAAACUUCGGUGGCAUUGAAGACGACUCAUUCACCUUCAACAUGUGCCGCGUACGACGUUUUCGAUCAAAAAGUCCACCUGAAAUCUACCCUCGUAAGAGGUUAGGAAAUGGAAGAACCAUGCAUCGCAUAGAUGUCGAUGAGAUUUGCAGAGAAGUGGAAGAGGAAGGACUAGAUCCAGAAGACGUACUCUGUACUAUCCGUGAAGGUUAUACAAGAGCUCCGCCUCUUGCUCAGGAAGACGAUUUCGAUGAUGUUGAUGUAUAAAAUUACUCAUUACCCGCCCCUAGCGAUCAUCCUCAAAAUUACUGUACUGUUGACAUGUUGCUUUCGAUCCGUUCAUUGCUAUUAACGAGGCUGUGUCUUUAUAGCUUAUUUCCCCGUUGUGCUGGUAGGUCUGUCUGAGUCUGGUCGUAUAACUUGGGGAUCUGGUUGCCUUGUUGCCGUAUUUCCUCUUUGCUUUAUUUCAUGAUUAUGCUUUGCUUUAGUUUUUUUUUUUUUCUUCACACAGUGCAUCUCUUUUUGUAGCUUGUAUCGGUGCCUUUCGUGAUUAUUGUCUGAUUCUGUAAAUUGCGCGCUGUUGUUAAUUUCUUCGUUAGAGUUCUUCGAUAGUGUGGUGUUGUAAUGCUAGUGCCGUUUCUUUAUUGUCCAUAGCACACCGAAUAUGUGAUCAAUUUUGUCCAUGACAAAGUUCCAAAACAAGGUUCGUCCCUUCAUAAGAUUUACUGAUUCAUUCAAUAAAGCUUCAAUUUCUACAGUA